AUGUUUAGAACUCUCUUUGGUUUAGAAAUUAUUGUUUUGGAUAGGAGUGAAGUAAGGAUUCAUUUGACUGUAGAACCAUCUCAACUUCUCGGUGUCGUUCCUCGAGGCUAUAUAGAUUGCAGCAUUAUUGUCUUUCUCUUUUGGUUGAUACUUGAUUCGCCUGGUCGUUGUUCCAUACCGGGGCAAAACUGCUUAGUAGGUAAUUCCUCUACUGAAACAUAUAUCGCAGGCCAUAACUUGCUGCUUGCACACGCCUCUGUUUCAAGACUAUAUAAGCAAAAGUACCAGAAUAAGCAGGGAGGUUCCGUAGGUUUUGGCUUAUAUUUAGUGGAGUUUAAACCUUCUACAAGCUCUGAGGAUGAUACCAUUGCAACUCAAAGAGCCAAAGAUUUCUAUUUCGGCUGGUUCCUUGAGCCUCUUAUAUUUGGAGACUAUCCUGAUACAAUGAGAAGAACCGUUGGAUCAAGACUGCCAGUUUUCUCAGAGGAGGAAUCAGAACAAGUUAAAGGCUCAUCUGACUUCUUAGGAAUCAACCACUAUUUUGCGGCUUCGGUCACAAGCAGCAAAUCCAAUUCUGGAGACCCGGAUUUCUACUCAGAUAUGGGCGGAUAUUAUCCUGUUGCUCCAUGGACUAUGGAAGCUGUCUUGGAGUACAUAAAGCAGACUUAUGGCAAUCCUCCUGUCUACAUCCUUGAGAAUGGUCACUAUCUUCUCUGA